UCCGCUACGAGACACUAUUAUUUUUUAUUUUCUCGAAUAGAGUCGGUAUUGUGAUAUAGUUGAGUUGAAUUUCACUGCGUGCAACGGUGUGAUAAAUAUCGAGUUUCGUGGAUUGUUAUUGAAAAUAUCUACCUAUUAAGUAUGGAUGACGAAGACGAGACAUACAAGUUGUGGCGCAUUCGAAAAACAAUAAUGCAAUUGUGUCACGAUCGUGGAUAUCUCGUGACGCAAGACGAAUUGGAUCAAACUAUUGAGCAAUUUAAAGAACAUUAUGGAGACAAACCCAGCGAAAAAAGACCAGCUAGAAGUGAGCUUAUUGUUCUCGUGGCACACAAUGAUGAUCCCACAGAUCAGUUAUUUGUCUUUUUUCCCGACGAGCCAAAAAUUGGUAUCAAAACCAUCAAGACUUAUUGUCAGCGUAUGCAGGAAGAAAAAAUCCACAGAGCAAUUAUUGUAGUCCAGCAAGGCAUGACCCCAUCAGCCAAACAAUCGCUGACUGAUAUGGCACCAAAAUAUAUAUUAGAACAAUUUCUGGAAUCAGAGCUAUUAAUCAACAUUACUGAACAUGAACUGGUACCUGAACACAUUGUGCUAACCCCAGAUGAAAAAGAAGAAUUAUUAACAAGAUAUAAAUUGAAAGAGAACCAACUUAUGCGAAUACAAGCUGGUGAUCCAGUAGCACGAUACUUUGGUCUGAAAAGAGGACAAGUGGUAAAAAUCAUUAGGCCAUCAGAAACUGCUGGUAGAUACAUAUCCUACAGGCUAGUCUGUUGAUAAGAAAAUAAAGAAAAAUGAUGUUAAAAAUAGAUCACAGUUUCAUUAAAAAAAAAGA